AUGGAUGAUAAUAAUAAUAUCAGUAGUCCACUGGUGACAGAGGGUUCCAGGAAUGAACUUCAAUCCUGCUUGGAAGAUACAAUCGAACAAUACAUUGGUGAUUUCGGGUGGAGUCAGCUCUUCCAAGUUGUGAUCGUCUCAUUUGUCUGGAUUUUCGACUCCCAACAAGCAUUCAUCAGCAUUUUCACUGAUGCACAGCCUCAAUGGCAUUGUGUGUCAACACUCAAUGGAAACGCAAACACUUCGUGCAGCUCGGAUAUCUGCCUUCUUCCUGAGAGUUCAUGGUCUUGGGAUCUGCCUCUGCAGACAUCUAUUGUAUCCGAGUGGUCUCUUCAGUGUGCAGGCUCAAUGAUCUCCGGGAUGCCUGCUUCGGCUUUCUACAUGGGUUCCUUUGCAGGGGGGUUUGUACUAGUAGGGCUAGCGGACUCUUCUUUUGGCCGCAAGAAUACCAUGCUCUUGUCAUGCCUAGUGAUGUCCUUGGCCGGGUUACUCUCCACAGUCUCCACCAAUAUUUGGGUCUACUCGAUCUUUAGGUUUGUUUCAGGUUUUGGCAGGGCAAACAUAAGGACUUGUUCGAUUGUGCUCUCGUCAGAGCUGGUGGGCAAAAGGUGGAGGGGCCAAACCGGGACUGCGGGAUUCUUUAUGUUCACUGCAGGCUUUCUUUCUCUGCCUCUGAUUGCAUAUCUGAACAAAGAAUCCUCAUGGAGAGUGAUCUACCUAUGGACUUGUACUCCGGCAAUCCUCUAUUGUUUUCUAGUAUAUUUACUUGUUAAGGAAUCUCCCAGGUGGCUUUUUGUGCAAGGACGGAAGGAAGAUUUUGUCAGAACCCUGAAAAGUAUAGCUCCUACAGACAAGGCCGACGAUCUUACCUUGGCUAGCAUUUCAAACAUGUCAUUUGAACAAAAACUAGAGACGACAGACGUCUACUAUGCCAUUAAGAAGUUUUUCGAGAGAAAAUGGGCAAUACGUCGACUCAUGACAGUUAUGAUACUUGGCUUUGGUGUAGGCCUUGUAUAUUUUGGAAAUUGGAAUGCCAUUAGGGGUUGGGAAUUUAAACUUCAACAUCUACCUAAGCACUGCACUUAA